UGCACUCACACACAAACACACUCCUUGUUAAGAUGAAUGAUUAACUGCACAGAUAAAAAGAAAGCAGCUCUGCUUAGUCUUCAGAGAGGAAGAUCUGAGAUAGAAAUAUAGGAAAAAGGACAGAAAAGACGAGUCUGUCUACUUAGCUCAUUUCACGUUGCUCAACUCUGUCUUUCAUGGAGGAGGGAACUCAAAAGCCUAGGAAGAUUGAGCUGAAUGAUGGCACGUUCAUGCCACUGCUGGGACUUGGGACAUGGAAGCCAGAGUCCACUGGUCCAGACAUGUGUCAAAGGGCCUGUGAGGCAGCGAUUGCUGCUGGAUAUCGUCACAUAGACACAGCCUACUGCUAUAGGAAUGAGGUGGAUGUGGGAAAGGCCAUCAAGGACAAGAUACAGCAGGGUAUCAUCAGACGCCAGGACAUGUUCAUAGUCAGUAAACUGUGGGGCACUCAUCAUGCUCCUGAAGAUAUUCCUGUUUGCUUUAAUAAAUCUUUAAGUGACCUUCAGCUGGACUAUCUGGACCAGUACCUGGUGCACUUUCCAGUCGGACUAAAGAAAGUGGGGGAUGAACUUUUUCCAGAGAGGGAUGGAAAGAUCCUCACAACUGACAUAGACUAUGUGGAUGUGUGGAGGGGGAUGGAAGCUUUGAAAGCAACUGGAAAAGUGAAAAGUAUCGGCGUGUCGAACUUCACAAUGGAGCAAAUAGACAGACUGUUAUCUGUGGCCAAAAUCCCGCCGGCGGUUAAUCAGGUGGAGCUUCAUCCGUACCUGGUUCAGUCUGACCUGAUAGACUACUGUAAAUCCAAGAACAUUGCUUUAACAGCCCAUAGCCCGUUCGGUUCACCCGGGAGACCUUUAGAAUUCCAAACAGGAGACACAGAUCCUAUAGGAUUACUGGAGGAUCCUGUUGUUGUUGAUGUAGCCAAAAAGCACAGGCGGACUCCUGCCCAGGUUCUUUUGCGGUAUCACAUUCAACAGGACAUUGCAGUGAUCCCAAAGAGUGUAAAACCCCACCAUAUUUUGGAGAACACAAAGAUCUUUGAUUUCAUUCUGGAUGAAGAAGAUAUGAAUGCUCUUAGGUCUUUGAAUAGAGGUUGGAGGGCAUGCAUCAUAACAGAGUUGGAACCACAUUACUUCUACCCCUUCAAGUGAAAUGCUGUUAGUCCCCACAAAGAACCCACGUAGGAAAAUCAACAGUCAAGCACUUCUGGAGGAGAUUUCAAUGUAUUGCUAUAAAAUGCAGCAUAUUAGAUUCACAUGAUAAGCAUUAUGGUAUAGACUAACAUUCAAAAGUUUAUGAACUGUGAAAUACUGUUAGAAAUAACAGUAAUGUGAAAAUAAAACUUUAAAUGUAUUUUAAAAUCUAAUUUAUUCCCGUGGUGAGUUUUCAGAAACCAUUUUAAUAUGCUGAUUUGGU